AACAGAUAGGUGACCCACAACAUGUCGUCAACUGGAAGGUGAGCAUAUUGCUGACUCAUUGCUUAGUAUACUGCUGCUUUGAAUACAUCUUUUAAAUAUAGUUAAGGCUAUGAAUAUGUUUUCCCAAUAUGUCUGCGCUUUCUAUUACCUUCUCUUUAGCUAAUUGUUCAGGUAACAUAUGGUUAUGCAUGUAGAUGACUCAAAAGUUGUUCCUCGGAGUAGACACAUAAAUUGUAUUCAGCUUGAGAGUUGAGUUCUGAUGAUUUGGACGUUUAUAUUUGAUGAGUUGGAUGGGAUAAUUAGAAGAUGUUUGUAGGCUAUUAGAUGAGUUCGGAAACUCUAUUUUUGUAUUGUUGCAAGGAGAUUUGAUGUGUUGGAUACGUUAAGUUAUUAAACAAUAAAAAAAAAUAUUUAUGCAUGAAUAAUUUGAUUGUUGGAGGAUUAAAUAAGAAUAAUUUAAGAUAGUAUGCAGUGGUGAAAGAAGAGAUUCUUGCAGAUUAAGGAAAAGAAUUGCUAGAAAACUAUUAGUAGAGGUUUAAAUUAUUUUGUUUAUCUUUCAUGCAGCUACAGUGAAGAGUUUUAUACAAAUAAAAAUAAAAAAAAGGAGAAAAAAAGAAUCAGGACAUUGUCAUAAAUGAGGAACAAAAUGAAGAUGAAGAAGGAAACUUAAUUUGCUUCUGACACGUUUAUAAAUCUGAAGUUGCUAUGUACUCAGAGAGGAACCAUUGUCCAAAUAUUUUCUUGUGGUCCUCGAAAAGAACUGUUGACCCAAAAGAACUAAUGAAAGUGUCAAUUAUCCUCAAGAAUAGGCAAAAAGGGAAGUGCCAAGUCGACUACACAGAAGAAGUUGGAACUGAGCUGUUAAGGAUGAGGAUGAGUCGGAUCCUUGCAAGUCAUCGUCACCAAUCCUCGAGCCUUGGAGACGGGAAGGACGCCUCUUCUGGUCUCCAAGGGACGUGGGCAUAUUUGUCAUUUGGCUUUUUCUUCCGAUCCAUUUCGUGUCCUCUUCCCCACACUAUAUAUAUCGAGGGAUCGGUGGGUUGUUGAAGCACAAAACAUCCGUCGUUGGCUCGGAAACAUGACCGAAGAAGAGAAGAAACGCGGCGAGGCGGAGAUCCAGCGGUGGCUUGAGGUCGGGAGUGUCGAGAUCCCGCCGGCCGAUGUCCGGAUCGUGACGUCCGGCGGGCGGCGAAUACCUGUUCACUCCACCGUUCUGGCUUCUGCGUCGCCUGUGCUGGAGAGCAUACUGGGUGGACCGCAUAAGUGCAGGAGUCGAGGAAGGGAGAUCCCCAUUCUUGGCGUCCCAUGCGACGCUGUCCAAGCCUUCGUUCACUCACUCUACUUUGCCAGGCGGCCGUACGACAGGUGCGUGUCAGCCACAGAGGAGGAGAUGAUCGGGGAGCACGGAAUGCACCUGUUGGCGCUGUCGCACGCGUACCGCGUCGGGUGGUUGAAGCGCGCUGCCGAGCGGGCGCUCUCGUUGCGGCUGACCGCCGAGGGCGUGGUGGACGUGCUGGUGCUGUCGCAGCGGUGCGACGCGCCGCGCCUCCACCUGCGGUGCAUGCAGCUGCUGUCGAAGGACUUCGCCGCGGUGGAGCAGACCGAGGCCUGGCGGUUCCUCCAGGACCACGACCCCUGGCUCGAGCUCCACAUCCUCCAGUUCCUCCACCACGCCCACCUGCGGCGGCGCCGGCAGGCGAGGAGGAAGGCGGAGCAGAGGCUGUACGCGGAGCUGCACGAGGCCAUGGACUGCUUGCGCCACAUCUGCGCCGACGGGUGCGGGGAGGUGGGGCCCUCAGGCCGGCUCCUCCCAGCCCACGCCCGCCCCCCCUGCCCCAACGCCGUCAGUUGCCGCGGCCUCCGGCAGCUCAUCCGCCACUUCGCGGCGUGCGACCGGCAGAAGCGGCAGCAGCACGGGUGCCGACGCUGCAAGCGCCUGUGGCAGCUGCUCCGCCUCCACGCCUCCAUCUGCGACGAGGUCGACGACGCCUCCUGCAAGGUUCCCCUCUGCAUACAAUUCAAGCAGAGGAUGCAGGAGAAGGAAGGGGAAUUGGAGGAGGACGAGGACGAGAGAUGGAGGCUACUGGUGAAGAAGGUGGCCUCCGCUAGAGUUACGUCGCACUUGGCCAAGAGGCAGAGUCAAAUAUUAGUUUAAUGAUAUAUUUUGUCGGCUAAAUUACUUUAAUGGUCUGAUCGAGUUCUGAAUUUAAAUUUCUGUUAAUUAUUGCCUUCCACAUCGUGUUGUAAAUUUCUGUCCUAAUCUAGUAAUGCAAUAAGAGAUUUGGUC